AUGCCUAUUCACACCUCAACGACUGAAAUUUCCCGAGCUAUCGAUCGAAGUUUUGAUCUGGAUCUUUUUCCCCCCGCAGAGAACAGUGAUGAAGAGAAGUUUUUUAUUUCUAAUCCCCGGCCUGAGUACCUCGACGAUCUUAUACAGCAGGCUAGCAAAUUCAUCCAAUUGCAGUUUUCGAAAGGUCGUAAACGCAUAGUACUAGUCACCUCGGGAGGUACGACGGUCCCGCUAGAAAAUAAUACCGUGCGGUUCAUUGAUAACUUUUCCGCAGGCACCAGAGGAGCCUCUAGCGCCGAGCAGUUCUUAUAUAAAGGUUAUUCGGUCAUUUUCCUCCACAGAGAGUUUUCUCUCACUCCCUUCAACCGCAACUUUACCCACAAUAGCGAUACUUGUUUUUUGGACUAUUUCGAUCAAAGUGGAAACCUAAAUCCACUAUACAAGAGCGAGCUUCUGAAGAACAAAUUACUUUACGACAAAUAUCUUUACGAUGAAGAAAAAUUGCUGCUACUGCCAUUUACUACUGUAAAUCAAUAUCUGUGGUCUUUAAAAGCUGUUGCCAAGCUUUUGAACCGGAGUGGUAGCUUAUUCUAUUUGGCAGCAGCAGUUAGUGACUUUUUUGUUCCUCACUCAAGACUACCUGACCAUAAAAUUCAAUCGCAGGAGCUCCACCGGAGUAUUCCUGAUGCAAAUUCAAAAUCGCAUCCUGCGAGUGACGGCAAAUUGAUUGUGGAUUUAGACCCAGUGCCCAAGUUUCUCAGAAGAUUAGUUGUAUCGUGGGCGGCCCAAGCUAUGAUUGUAUCGUUCAAACUUGAAACAGAUGAAUCCAUCUUGAUCAAAAAAGCUACACAAGCAUUAGAUCGAUACAACCAUCAACUGGUGAUAGGAAAUCUACUACAGACCAGGAAUAAAGAAGUGGUUUUUGUCUCAGAACAAAACCGCUCCGGAGCCUGGAUCAAAACCAAUCAAGGUAAUCAUAUCAUUGAAGAGUUCAUUAUACCAGAAGUCAUCAAUUGCCAUAACAAGUGGAUUGACCAGCAAACAGAGCAAAAUAAUCUAUCAGUAUGA